GGUAUCGUCCUCUCCCCGGAAACCCUGGCGUCAACUAGGAUCCCGGUGUGAGAGAAGCGAGAAGAACUGAUUUGUAAGGCGGAUAGUGGUUCACAAAACAGAACAAGUUUAAAGAAAUCUCUACAGUAUCUGCCACACUGGAUAAGCUUAAUGUUUUCGAUUUGAAUGGACAAGGCAGCCAUAAGUACACAGCCCAGCUAAUGAAACCAAUUAAAGGCUCAGUGAUGCCAGUGAAGAAGAAACGAAAGCUCCCUGAAGCAGACAACAAUGAGCCCAAAUGCAAAAUUACCAGUUUCACCCGACCUCAGAUCCGUGGUGCCAGGCCGAUUUCUGACAAGCUGUUUUCUGGUAAGAAGUGCCUGGCCUGGUUUCACAUGUAUGCUGGCACUGACAAGGUGGUUGGUCCAGAGGCCAUGGAGAAGUUCUGUCAAGAUAUUGGUGUGGAACCAGAGAAUAUUAUCAUGUUAGUUUUAGCUUGGCAUCUAGAGGCAGCAAAUAUGGGGUUCUUCACAAAAGACGAGUGGCUCAGGGGAAUGACGUUAUUACAGUGUGACUGUACAGAGAGGUUACAGAGCAAAUUGGAUUACUUGCGCAAUGAGCUCAAUGACUCUGUUGUCUUCAAAAAUGUUUAUAGAUAUGCCUUUGAUUUUGCCAGGGAUAAGGACCAAAGGAGUUUGGAUAUGGACACAGCUAAAUCAAUGUUGGCUUUGCUGCUAGGGAGAACAUGGCCUCUUUUUCCAGUUUUCCAACAGUUCCUGGAGCAGUCCAAGUACAAGGGCAUGAACAAGGACCAGUGGUACAAUGUUCUGGAGUUCAGCAGGACCAUCAACACAGACCUCAGUAACUACGAUGAAGAUGGAGCGUGGCCAGUGCUGCUAGACGAGUUUGUGGAAUGGCAGAAAGCUUGGCCCACAUCAUAGCAGAGGACGUCACUCCACCAAAAAGGAGAAACCAGAAAAGAAAAAGAAUGCACAUGUGGGAGGAAUCCAUAUAUCCUCCCAGAAAGCAGAAACUGCAGUUAUAGAUCUUAUGAAAGCUGACAGACUUCAACAAUUCAUACACUCAAAUAUGGACUAUAGAAUCAUCCCUGGGGACUAUGGGUACAACAGCAUCCAAACAGAGAUCAUCUCUGUGCACCAUCAACCAACUUUGGUCGUAAAGGCCUUCCUCUGGCUGCAGACUUUUUGUAGAAUUCAUUCAGAGACGAGAAGAUGUGGGGAGACGUCGUCUAAGGAUACAAAGAAUGAAUCAAGAAAAUAGUUGUUGAAUUUGUGUUUUCUUGCUAAUUAUUUUUUCCCAUUUUGUGACUUAUUUGUAGAUGUUUUCAGAGAAAUAAAAAGGAAAUAAAGUAUA